GCACUAUCUUAACUGGCAGCCGGACAGUAAAUUCGGCGCACAUUGUCGCAAAAUUGUUUUUGUUGUGAUUUUUAUUCGCGAUGUGGAAAAUUAUAAAUAAAUUACACAAUGGUUAAAAGAUGUUUUUUGCAAUAUCUUACAUCGCUUUGUUACAAUUGCACCAGAGUGUGAGCGUAUGCUGUAACGUAUGGUUUUCCAAUUAGUUCUGUGUCCGCCGUCGCAGUGAAAGGAAGCACGCAGCCCGCGAUCCGCCUCCGUGUGCAGAAUUUUCCCACAUAGCACAGCCAUAAUUUUUCAGUGUUCAGACAAAGGAGAUUACGAGACUGGAAGAGCCGCUAGAGGUAUCAGUGCAACAGUGGAGAUGUCAUUUAGCGGAGGAAGCCCCGGAAGGGAGUCCACAAAGACCUCCGUGUCAGCUGAUGAAUCAAUCUUACCGCGAGAUUUUAGUCUUGUUAGUCUGGCAUCCACGAGUAGCCAAGAUGAGAACUUUUGUUCGCGCGAGCAUGCAGAUUGCACACUCAAGAGGAUGCAGUUCUACCUGGAGAACCAGAAACUCUGCGAUGUGGUGCUAAUUGCUGGUGUUGAUGGAAAGAGAGUGCCAGCCCAUCGCCUUGUCCUCUCUGCCGCAAGCGCGUACUUUGCUGCCAUGUUUACGGGUUCACUGAGGGAGACGCAGGAACGGGAGAUAACAUUGGGUGAAGUUACGGGAACUGCUCUCCAGCUCCUUGUUCAGUACUGCUACACAGGGACCAUUGAACUUCGCGAGGAUACCGUUGAGACACUCCUCAGUACCGCGAGUCUCCUUCAGCUGGGUGCUGUGGUGAAUGCAUGCUGUACAUUCCUCGGUCGUCAGCUGCAUCCAUCCAAUUGCUUGGGAUUCGCACUCUUUGCUGAGCAACAGAGCUGCGAGACCCUCCUCAAAGUGGCCACAGAUUACACGUGUGAACACUUCAUGCAGGUGUGCCGGAAUCAAGAAUUCUUCCAGCUCAGUGCAGAGCAACUGCACAAAUUACUAGCCAGUGACAAUCUCAAUGUGCCAUCGGAACAGGAUGUCUUCCAUGCACUCCUGGCGUGGCUGCAGCAUGAACCAAAGGAACGCGAAAAGGAUAUCCCAGAGUUGUUGGCUCUCAUUCGUCUUCCUCUACUUCAACCGGCUUUUAUUGCUGAUCACGUGGAGGCUCUGUGUGAGAGCACAAAAUGCCAGGAGCUCGUGAUGGAGGCUCUGAAGUGGCAUCUUCUACCGGAGCGACGUGCCCUAAUUGCCAGUCAGAGGGCUCGCCCGCGAAAGUCAACAAUGGGAAAACUUCUAGCUGUGGGCGGAAUGGAUGCCCACAAGGGAUCAAUAAGUAUCGAAAGCUACUGUCCACGCCUCGACAAGUGGAGUCUCGUGAAGAACAUGACAGCUAGGCGACUCCAAUUUGGCGUGGCUGUUAUGGAUAAUCGAUUGAUUGUUGUAGGUGGGCGCGAUGGCCUAAAGACACUCAAUACCGUGGAAAGUCUCGAUCUCACAACAAUGACCUGGAGCAAUCUCCCACCGAUGAUUACCAAUCGCCAUGGACUCUGUGCUGCCGUCCUCGGGGGACCACUCUAUGUGAUCGGUGGUCACGAUGGAUGGAGCUUCCUCAAUACCGUUGAACGAUGGGAUCCAUCUACACGAACCUGGAGCAGUGUAGCUCCAAUGACGACAAUGCGAUCCACAGCUGGAGUAGCCGUCCUCGGGGGUCAUUUAUACGUUGUCGGUGGACGCGAUGGGAGUGGGUGUCACAGAUCUGUUGAGAGGUAUGAUCCUCACACCAAUAAAUGGAGUCUCCGUGCGGCUAUGGUUAAACGCCGCGCUGGUGUGGGUGUUACUGCAGCCAAUUUCUACAUUUACGCCCUCGGAGGGCACGAAAAUUCCGCCAAUAAUCCCUCAGCCUCACGAACGGAGACUGUUGAGCGCUACGACCCGGGUACGGAUACAUGGACUCUCCUGGCGUCCCUCAAUGUAGGGCGAGAUUCCAUUGGAGUUGCCCUGCUGGGAGAGAGAAUUCUCGCUGUCGGUGGUUACGAUGGAAAUCAAUACUUAAAGACUGUCGAGCAAUAUGACCCGGAAACCAAUGAAUGGUCCCAAUUGGCCCCCCUGAACUUUAGCCGAGCUGGCGCCUGUGUGGUGGCUAUUCCCAACACAGCGGCUGUGCCCACGACUAGCAAUACAAAGUGGAGACCUGUAAGAUUUCUACCAUGCUAUGGGCGUCAAGUAAAGAUUUACGAUCAUUAUGUUUAAUAAUGCAACAAGCAACUAUAAAAUAUACAACAGCAAUACUUUUAUUACUUUUUUUUUGUACCAACAUAUCUUUUAUACAACCUUUGUGGCUUUUUAUAUAUUAUAUACCUACCUAUACUAUCCCAGUGUUGAGCUUAAAGCUCCUCAUAUAAAAAUAUAAAGAAAAUACCUACCUAAUAUAAUAAAAAUAUUUUAUAAUCAUUAGGAAUUUUUCCUCUCCAUACAUAUGAUUGAGAUUCCAGUGAUAGCAUGUAAGAGAAGAAUGAUAAAGAAGUAGAUAAUUUUUUUUUUCACACAGGAAUCAAAGGUAGAAUACCUCUUGAGUAAGAAUGGCUGGUACAGUUGAGGUGUCUAGUAAAAAUUAUAUUUUAUCCAAAAUAUUUGUCAAAUUAUAGGAAAAUUUUUUAAAACAAAAGGAAAAAAUACAUUUUCCAAAUUAUUUUGACCUGAAGAACUUUUUUUUAAAUAAAAAGUAUUUUAUUGAUAGUUUACUCUUACGGAACUUGUAAUUUUUAUUAAAUGAAAUUUUAAAAGACAGAUGUAACAAAAAAGAAAAGACUGAAGUAGUGAGCAGAGGUAGAUGAUUUCUAGAGAGAAAAAAAAAACGCAAAAUGUCUUUGUUUAAGAAAUUCUGAAGUGAAAAUUAUUAUUCUAAAAUCAAGUGUGUGCUGAAGUAGUGCAAAUUGUUUUUUUCAUUCAGUUGAAUUCAAUCGUUAAAAUGAUAAAGAGCUCUCGCGAGUGAAUUAAGAAAAAUUAAUUAAAACUUAAAUAUAUCGAACAAUAAUUAAAAUCCAAUCUAGUGAAUUUAGUGAAAAGUGCGAUAUUGCAAAAAUUGGUGAGUCUCCUAUUUAAAUACAGUCUUCAUUUUAAUAGACUUGUGUCGCUUUCGCGAACAUAUCUUGGAAGAGGGAUUUAAUUUAAAAGAUAUUUAAGUGCUUCUACUAUCCUUCAAUCCUGUUGAAUUAAUUACAUAAUUAUGUAGGUAAUUAGCCAAGAAUUUCUCACGUAAAAGUAAAAUGAAAUGAUGAACGAAAACACAUAAGUUAACCAAUAUAAGCUAGGUUCUAGCAGCGCUGAUUUUUUCUAUUUCUUGGAACGAAUUGGAUGCUUAGGACUACACAAAACAAUAGUUUUUGAGUCAAAAAAAUCUUUUUUCUCUUUUCCUAUUGUCCUUUAAAUGUUAUGAAAAAAUUUUGUUUCGAUUUUAGUAUUUAUUGAUAUGUCUCGAUAGUUCCUAACAUUUCAAGACCACAAAAAGGCAUCCUCAAGAACUCUAAUAAGAACAUAAAAUUAAUGAUUUUAAAUUGGAAAUCUUUGGCAAAAAUUACUCAAAAAACUGUUUUCCAUAAAACGCUCACUAAAUAAAAUGCGGUCCUUAAAGGGUUAAUAAAGCCCAUUAACUAUCAUUAAUUUCUGAUAAGUUUGACUAAAAAAAAUUAUAAUAAUGUGCCAAAUAAUUUUUCAUCCCAACUUUUUGUGAAAUUCCACCUUAACAAAAA